GCCUGGAGCGCGGCCUGCGGGGCCCGGAGCCGUGGCGGGCGUGGAGAGGCCCUCGAGGUCUGGCGGUACAUUUCAGCAUCACAACUAGGACACAAUCGUUAGGAAUGGCUGUGGAGGAACUUCAGUCCAUAGUGAAGAGAUGUCAAAUCUUAGAAGAGCAUGACUUCAAAGAAGAAGAUUUUGGCUUAUUUCAAUUAGCAGGCCAAAGAUGUAUAGAGGAAGGGCACAUAGAUCAGCUAUUACAAAUUAUUCAGAAUGAAAAGAAUAAGGUCAUCAUCAAGUCUAUGGGCUGGAAUCUUGUUGGUCCUGUUGUUAGGUGUCUUUUAUGGAAUGAUAAAGAUGAUAAAAGAAAAGAUUAUUUUCUGAUGCUUGAUUUAUUGGUAAAGUUAUGUAAUCCAAAGGAAUUAUUGUUGGGUUUGCUUGAACUGAUUGAAGAGCCCUCUGGAAAACAGAUAUCCCAAAUUAUUCUUCUUUUACUUCAGCCAUUACAAACAGUGAUUCAGAAACUUCCUAACAACAGGGCGUAUUCAGUUGGAUUGGCAUUGUCUACCCUCUGGAGUCAGCUGUCUCUCCUCCCUGUCCCGUACUCAAAAGAACAAAUAGAAGCAGAUGACUAUGGCCUUUGUCAAUGUUGCAGGGCCUUAAUAGAGUUCACUAAACCUUUUGUGGAAGAAGUCAUGAAUGGCAAAGAUAAAAAGGAAAAGGAAAAGGAAAAAUUAAAAGAUGAACUGCUGAAAUUCUGUUUCAAAAGCUUGAAAUGCCCUUUGCUGACAGCACAGUUCCUAGAACAGUCUGAAGAUGCUGGGAAUGAUCCUUUACGGAGUUUUGCUUCUGACAUAAUAAGCUUUUUAUCGGCAAUUGGACACCCUUUACCCCAAAUUAUUUUUAAUCAUGGAAAGAGAAAGAGAACUUGGGAUUACCUUGAAUUUGAGGAGGAAGAAGACAAACAGCUGGCUGACUCCAUGGCUUCUCUGGCAUAUCUGGUAUUUGUUCAGGGCAUCAAUCUUGAUCAGCUGCCAAUGGUGUUAAGCCCAGCAUACAUUUUGCAGUUUAACAUGGAGCAUGUUGAAGUCUUCUUACAAAGAACAGAAGAAUCUAUUUUCUCCAAAGGAUUGGAACUACUGGAGAAUGGUUUGUUGAGAAUAGAAGACAAUAGCCUACUGUAUCAGUACUUGGAAAUCAAGAGUUUUCUUAGUGUACCUCAGGGCUUAGUCAAAAUUAUGACACUCUGCCCCAUUGAAACACUGAGGAAAAAGAGCUUAGCAAUGCUUCAGCUAUAUAUUAACAAGUUGGAUUCACAAGGCAAAUAUACAUUAUUUAGGUGCUUAUUGAAUACAAGUAAUCACUCAGGUGUGGAAGCCUUUAUUAUUCAAAAUAUCAAAAACCAAAUUGAUUUGUCAUUUAAGAAAACAUAUAACAAAUGGUUUACAGGACCACAGCUGAUUUCUCUUCUAGAUUUGGUACUGCUUCUGCCAGAGGGUGCUGAAACAGAUUUACUACAAAACUCUGAUAGGAUUAUGGCUUCAUUAAAUUUACUGAGGUAUUUGGUUAUCAAGGAUAAUGAACAUGACAAUCAAACUGGAUUGUGGACAGAACUUGGAAACAUUAAGAAUAAAUUUUUAAAGCCACUUCAUACAGGACUUAAUAUGUCAAAAGCACAUUAUGAAGCAGAAAUUAAAAACAGCCAAAAAAAUACCCAAGCAGUCCAGAAAUCGCAGAAUUUUUGUUCUGUAACUGUAAGUGGAGAAGAGAUUCCUAAUAUGCCUCCUGAAAUGCAACUUAAGGUCCUCCAUUCAGCUCUUUUCACAUUUGAUUUGAUUGAAAGUGUUCUGGCUCGGGUAGAAGAACUUAUUGAAAUGAAAACAAAGUCUACCUCCGAAGAUGUUGGAAUAAAAUAAAAGUUCUUUUUACUAAAUAAAAACUACUAAAAUACAGUA